GAGAAUAUAUUCGAAACAUAGGAUGCAAUGAAGAUUUUAUUAAAUUUUUUAAAUAAUUGAUUAAACAACGGGCAAGCAUUCACAUAGUAGAAUGCAUUGGAUCAAAAUCUCGUGCAUUUUGUGCGUGUUUGGAUGUUUUAAGGACUUUCGACCUUCUGAAUCAUUUAUAACAGAUUACUUAACUGGACCAUGGAAAAAUUUUACAAAGGAGGAAGUAAAUCAAGAUAUUUAUCCUGUGACCACGUAUAGUUACUUAGCAAUGCUGAUACUUAUCUUCUUGAUCACAGAUUUUGUUAGAUACAAGCCUAUCAUUGUAUUAUGUGGUCUUUCUGGUAUCGUCACGUACAUCAUGAUAAUAUUCGGCAAAACUGUGAUAGUAUUUCAGAUUGUAGAAUUCUUUUACGGCGUGUUUAUGUCAACAGAAGUAGCCUAUUAUACUUAUAUAUACGCCAAAGUAGAUAAACAACAUUAUCAAGAAGUAACAGGGCAUACUAAAGCAGCCGUACUGCUUGGCCGUAGCAUGUCUGGUAUUGUAGCGCAAUUAACAGCUUCCUUCGAAUUAUUAGAUUAUCAUCAGCUCAAUUUUAUAACUCUUUCAGCUAAUAUUUUUGCGACGAUCUGGGCGCUCUUUUUGCCUUCCGUAAAUCAUUCGAUGUAUUUUCACCGCAGCAGUGUUACUGAGAAAGAGCAAGGAAAAGACACUCUCGAUUAUCACUUACAACAUUCCAGCAAUUUGCAAGAAUCACCUGAUGUCGAAAAUGGUAAAACAAAGCAUUGUUUCAUAGUAUCUAGCGCACGAUUGCUUCGCAAGAUCAGAAAUGCGUAUGCGUUGUUGUGGAAACAUUUCGUCCAAGCUUAUACCACCUACCGCGUGGCCAAGUGGUCGGUCUGGUGGGCAUUGGCUACUUGCGGCUACUUGCAGGUCAUCAGCUACAGUCAAUUACUAUGGCAAACUGCAGUGAUUCCAGGCGAUAUGAUCUAUAACGGUGCCGUUGACUUCGUCUAUGCAAUCGUGGGUGCAGCGACCGUAUUUUAUGUAGGGAAGAUACAAUUAAACUGGACUCUAUUAGGAGAUAUAAUGUUAUCGAUUUUCUCGCUUUUAGAAGGUGGUAUGUUAUUAGGAUUUUCUUACAGCUACAACAUUUGGCUUUUGUAUUGUGGCUACGUCAUAUUCGGUGUAAUUUAUCACACCAUGGUUACUGUUGCAAGCUUCGAAGUCGCCAAGUAUAUAUCUGAGGAUAGCUAUGGCCUUGUGUUCGGCAUGAAUACAUUUCUCGCACUAUUAACACAGAGUUUGUUGACGCUCGUGGUUGUUAAUACGCUUAUGCUAAAUAUUAGACAGCAAUUUUUUAUCUACGGCAGCUAUUUCCUAGUUCUAGCCAUGAUGUACAUUGUGAUGGGUAUCAUUAAUGUCGUGCAGCAUUAUCAAAGUGGCACAAAAUUCCACGUGUGGAUCAGUGAUGAUGAUAAAUCUCUAUCCGCGAGUUAUACGAGUACCGUUGAACCGUCCAAACCGAAGCAUGAUAGCAGUUGAGAUAAACAUAUUAGCAUAAUUUAACUCUAGCUCGAAUUAUGUACAGUUUUCUAACGUUGAGUUAGUC